AUGCGAGCUCCUCUGGCCACGAAUUUGGCUGAAAAUGGACAAGGCAACGAUGAGCCGACGCCCAAGGGCAAAGAAACUAAAACCCCCGUAAGGUUGUGACAUCAAUCGAGAGAGGACUUCUUCGCGAACACAACGAUACCACAAUCAUGCCUUAAUACCCUCUGGCUUAUGAGUUACAAACGUUUUUUUCCAAGGUGGAAAGAAAAUUUUGUCAUCCGGGUUUUUGCCUUUUUUGGAAAAAGGGAAUGUAAAGUGCAUCAAAUGAUAUGAUUUUUUGGGAAUGGUGUUAGACUGUCCUAGGACGUUUCUAUGCCGAAUUUGGAGGUUCUAGGCCUAGCGGUUCCCGAGAUACGAGGUGGAAAGAAAAUUUUGUCAACCAGUAUAAAGCAACGGUUUGUAGACGUUAAAGAAAUGUAUGUAGCUGUAAAUACGAACCUUGUCACCAACCAAUAUCGGUAAUAGUAUUGGGACGGCAAUAUGGUCACCAUCAUUGUGAGCUGCAUGCAGUAAAGCGCGGUGAAUAACGCCUGCGUAUCAUAUGAGGCAAAUUUAACGAUUCCCUCCAGACGCGCGAUCAGACAACCGUCGUUUACUUUCGUUUUCUGCAAAAUACAGAGGUUAAAAGCCAUGAUGUGUACGACAUAAUUUCAAAGGAUCUGCAGUUUCUAAUCACGUCUUUUUACAUUACUUACAACGCUAACCAUGUUCUCCAGUAGCCAAUAGCCUAUGUCGCAUACAGAACAGAGAAGUAGCAUUUUGCGGUAUUGCUCCAAGGCCCCUUGACAAUGAUAGAGUACCAAGUACAAUAAGGUAGUCGAACAAACUCCUCCAAUAAUCAUGGUAAUCGUAUGUGAAACUUUGUGAAUUGCCGUAAGGUGUGAGAUCGAGUCAUAAUGACCGUUAGUGUACCAAUCAGUCACAUUACGUUGGACAUCCCAAACAUACGGAUUGUAAUCCGACGGAGAUUCAUGGAGAAUAUCGAAUUCUGUGGAGAAGUAUAGCUCCACAGCAUCCUCAAUAUUCAUUAUGGUCAUAGGAGUUGUGUAGAGUCAAAUGUUGUCCUAGAACGAUGACUAGAAUAAUCUUUUAGCUAUUUGCUUUCUGUGGGCGGAACCUUCUACUUAUUCUAACUGCUUGAGGCUUGCUUGUACGAUAAAGAUAUUUACAUUACGCGUAACAGGAUUUUUAAAUAAUCAAAUAACUUGGAAUUAAAUAUAUCAAUUGGCAAUGUUUCUUAAUUUUCGUAAUGCAUUUGAGUACUUAUAACAGGUGCAAUGAAAUAGUUAAUGUUGCCUAUGAAACCUUGCAAGAAGUUGGGUUGAAAAGAUCAACCCAGCUAAAUCUGGAUUUGUAGUUCUCGGAAGCAUCAGAUGCGAAUUUCUAUCUGUCGAGCCGAAGUUUGGUCUGGCUACAAAGGUUGUUCACUAUCCCAACUGUCCCAGCAAAGUCCGAACUAAAACUUUCCGGAACUGAUGUGGAACAUGGUCGACGUGCGUGA